AUGGUCACCUGCACUGACUGUGAGAACUAUCACCUGUGCCUGGCCUGCCUGCUGAAGGACAAGCAUGGUCACCAUCCAGCCCACACUUUCACUCUUGUCCACGAUCGCCAAUUCUGUCUCAAGAGUCUGGUUCUGUCUCGCUGCCAGCCCGGGCGUCACCAUCAGCAUGCAGCUAUUUGUGAUGGCUGCGACAAGCGCAUCAUCGGCGUACGUCACAAAUGUUUGACCUGUCCAGAUUGGGAUUACUGUGUGGAAUGUGUACCAAAUGCCCCACAGAGCCACCCUGGCCAUCGCUUCAUACCUAUCUACCAGGCGAUCUCUGAGCCUCCUCAACACUAUGAAGUUCAUUACGGAAUAUUCUGCGAUGGCCCUCUUUGCAAGGAUAGCCGGCUUCCCGGUUAUAUAACUGGGACUCGUUACAAAUGUUCUGUGUGUCAUGAUGUCGACUUCUGUGCGAAAUGCGAAGCGCUUCCGACCAAUACUCACAACCGCACCCAUCCACUGAUUAAGUUUAAUACUCCCGUUCGCAGUGUAUCUGUCAGCACUAUUGGUGAUGAUGGUCACGGCGGACAUGUUACCCUUGGUGACCGCGUUCAUAAAUCUACCUCGUCCGAAGCUCCUGCUCCGGUUAUAUCCAAGGAGACGUAUAUCGAAAUUGCUGAUGAUAUGCAGCGCGAGAAAUCCGAGGAAGUCAAAGUGGCUGAUAAAGCCACUCCUGUCCCUUCAGAGCAAGUUAUGACUGCAGAACUGCCUAGUUCAAAGCAGGAACUUGGUAACCACGCUGUGUUCGUUCGUGAAACUAUUCCCGACGGGACUAAGCUGCCACCGAAUGAAGUAUUCCAGCAAACAUGGACUCUGCACAACCCAGGGCCAUCCCCUUGGCCUGCUGGGUGUGUCGUGCGCUUUGUAGGUGGCGACUCUAUGCUCAAUGUCAAUACAAAUCAGCCGUCAAGUCUAGGUUCCAUAAAGUCUGCGAUGGAAAGCGAUGCGCUCUCAGCACCAGUAGAGCCGGGGCAGAACGCUGAUUUCACUGUAACGCUGAAGACCCCUAACCGUGAGGGCAUUGCCAUUUCGUACUGGCGACUCAAACUUCCUGACAGCACGCCCUUCGGUGAUCGACUUUGGUGUGAUGUCCAGGUGCGGGCUGACUCCGAACACGUCAAGGAAAAAGAGAAGGAGCCCGUUGCCGCUUCUGCGACAGAAGUUGUGCAAUCCGAACGCAAUGACAGUGCUAUGAUAUUCCCGCUUUUAGAAAAGGAGUCACCAGUGGCAAGCACCCAUGAGGAAAUGGCCCGGGAGCUGCCUUCGGCGCCGACUGUGUCCAGCGCUUCGGAGAAAGAUGUUCUUGAGGAUGUUGAAAAUUUGACACUGGAUGAUGCAGACACGGAGGAUGGAUUCUUGACUGAUGAUGAAUAUGACAUCCUCGAUGCUAGCGACCAGGAGUUCCUGGAUGCCAAACAGGUCUAGAGGUAGUCCUUCUCACUUUCUCAUCUCGUUCUUUUUUUUUUUCCAUUUCUUUCAGUUAGGCUUGUUUACGCCAGGAUGCGGCUAGUGGUGGGAAAGUUUUAUUUGACAUCGGGCUUUUUGGUUUGCAUGCGGUCCUUUCCGUUCUUUUCUGAUCGAGCAGUGCUUGUUCCUCUGGCGAAGGGCUGCCAUACUAGUCUAAUGUACAAUUCAGCUCGUGGAUUCGCCUCUUUUUUUCAUAACAUGUCUUUGACAGCUCUCGAGGUGAUGCAUUGGUUAUGUCUUUCCCUUUUGGUAUCCGUCUUGCACGUGACGAACACCCUG